AUAUGAUGAUGACUAUGGCUAUGGCUAUGGCCUCUUUUUCUUCUUCUCUAGCCUGAUCUCGAUGAAAUUCAGAUAUUUAUUUAUUGUUUAUUUGAUAAGAUUUCAAAUGAGACGAGACCCACUUCGUGAAUCCAAUCCACUGUAUUAGUUGUGGCUUCAACUGUGAAAAUUUGUUUUUGGUACAGAACGUUUUCUUGAAGCUGCAUCAAUCGAGGGAUUCUUCGUCUUUGGAUUCGCUUUUGGGGCCUCCGAGUCAGAGCUGCAAGGAAAGGGGAGAUGCUGGGAUGAAAGCUGAAUUUUGUGGAAAUGGCAACUCUAGUUGAACCACCGAACAGAAUUAAGCCAAAGGGAAAGCAUUAUUAUACAAUAUGGCAAACUUUGUUUGAGAUUGAUACGAAGUACGUUCCAAUCAAGCCUAUUGGCCGCGGAGCAUAUGGCGUGGUAUGCUCUUCCAUCAAUCGGGAGACCAAUGAGAGAGUUGCAAUUAAGAAGAUUGGUAAUAUAUUUGAGAAUUCUAUUGAUGCUUUGAGAACUUUGAGGGAACUGAAGCUGCUUAGACACAUUCGGCACGAGAAUGUCAUUGCUUUAAAAGAUGUCAUGAUGCCAAUCCACAGGACAAGUUUUAAGGAUGUCUACUUGGUCUACGAACUCAUGGAUACCGAUCUUCACCAAAUUAUUAAGUCCUCGCAGCCACUUUCCAAUGAUCAUUGCAAAUAUUUCUUGUUUCAGCUCCUUCGAGGUCUUAAAUACCUUCAUUCAGCAAAUAUUCUUCACCGGGAUUUGAAGCCUGGGAAUCUGCUCAUAAAUGCCAAUUGUGAUUUGAAGAUAUGUGACUUUGGGCUUGCUCGAACUAAUGGAGUUGAUGGCCAGUUUAUGACAGAAUAUGUUGUCACUCGUUGGUAUCGUGCACCGGAGCUCUUGCUAUGCUGUGACAACUACGGGACCUCCAUUGAUGUCUGGUCAGUAGGGUGCAUCUUUGCUGAGAUUCUUGGUAGAAAGCCAAUUUUCCCUGGCACCGAGUGUCUCAACCAGCUGAAACUAAUUAUAAGUGUUCUUGGAAGCCAGCAUGAAUCUCAUAUUGAGUUUAUUGAUAAUGCAAAAGCCAGGAGGUUUAUCAAAUCACUGCCCUAUACUAGGGGGAGACACUUCUCUCAGCUAUAUCCACAAGCAGAUCCAUUAGCCAUAGAUUUGUUGCAAAAGAUGCUUGUAUUUGAUCCAACCAAGAGAAUUACUGUCUUAGAAGCUCUCCAACACCCAUAUAUGUCUGGCCUGUAUGAUCCAAGGUGUAACCCUCCUGCACAGGUUCCCAUCAAUCUUGACAUAGAUGAACAUUGGGGAGAACAGAUGAUUAGGGAAAUGAUGUGGAAUGAGAUGCAACAUUAUCACCCUGAAGUUGCUUCUGCCAAUGCAUAGUUGGUUAAUUCUUCCAUGGCUUUCUAGCCCUAUUGCCUGUCUCUAGGAGUAGUAGUUCUGUUUUUUCCUAGACAAACUGUGAUCUUAAAGGAUUUAUAACUGCCAAGUUUUGUACUUUGCAUGAGAUUGUUUCGGUACUUUUUUUAAUUUGGCGUCUCCACAAGGAUAAUGGCGUCUCGUAAUGACUAAACUUGUAUAUAGCCAUGCAUAUCGUUUUGGUAUUUCGGCUAAACCCAUUUGUACUAUGUUGUUCAUCAGUUGUUUUCUUAAAUUCAAUAGAAAAGAGUUAAAUAAUUUGUGCUUUCAAA